CAAAGAUAAUUUCGAUUUUUAGAGGCAACCUCAAUAAUAAAUAUGGAAUUUGUCUAAACAAACAAUACGUAUUUAAUAAAAUUUUCUGUGCUCCUGCGGAAAUUAAUAAGGGUUUGAAAGGCCAAGGGUUCUGAACUUCUGAGUAUUGGAGGGAAUACAAGGAACAACUUUGGUUAUUCUUGGAUCCGUAUGAACAACAUGAAAUUCAAGGAAGGAUGCAUGGUUGAGGUUUGCCGUUCAGGUGGGGGUAUAUUUCAGUCUUGGUUCCGGGCUAGGAUCAUUUCAUGUGAUGCACACUAUUACAAAGUGGAGUAUGACAAUCUUCUAGAUGACAAUGGAAAACGUGUAAUGGAAGAUGUGCGAGCCGAUGCAGUUCGGCCAGAACCUCCGCACAUGACAGAAAUAAGAAAAUUGGCUCCGGGGCAUAUUAUUGAAGUAUAUGAUAAUCAUGCAUGGAAGGCAGGCAGAAUUCUCAGAGUUUUACCUGGAAGAUUAUUUGUUGUAAAAUUAAUGGAAUCAUUACUAGAGAGGAAAUAUCAUCUAUCUGUUAUCCGUGCUCAGCUGUUUUGGCACCAUAAUGAUGAGGCUGGUAGAGACAAUUUCUUGAAAAGGGGAUGUUGGCUCAAGAAAAAGUCGGAUUUUGAAAAUGAAUUUCAGGAAUAUAAUGGAAAAACAAAUGCUGGAUACAAUGAAGAUGAACAUGAUGACAACAAACUUGGAACAAAGCAUCUAAAAAGAAAAGGCAGUGAAGUCCCAUGCGGCUAUCAGGCAGAUAUUUUGAAGAUUGAAGAUGCCUCUGAGGAAAGGAGUGCAGAUAAGAAGUUUAGGGUAGCACAAACAGCUUUGCCUGUGCAAGAAAACAUUCAGUGCAGUGUAGCUAGUAGUAGCAGUAGCAAUGAGUUAGAUUAUGUGUUACAUUCUGAUAUGAAGAAUUCAAAACACGAAUUAGAAAUUAGUGCAUACCGUUACACAAUGAGAGCUUUUUAUGCUUCUGGGUGUUUAACUUGGGGGCGAGAAACCUUGCUGACAAAUCUUCGUCAUGAGUUGCACAUUUCUGAUGAUGAGCAUUCAUCUGAGUUGUCAUGGUUGUGCUCAAGAAAAGCUAUGUAAGCUAACUUCUCUGUAAGAUUCCUUCAGUGAUAUGUAAUUCAAAAUUCUUUCAAGAAUGCCUUUUAAACUGUUUGUUCUUGUGAGUAAAAAUGAUACAUUCCCUUGCUUCUGAUUUGCAGAAAAUGAUACAUUGAAUAGAAAAAAUCUCGUGUUACUCUACUUUCCAUAGCAUCUGUCUAUUAGUGUUACCCAAUAACAUUAUGCUUUAUGGGGAUAAACAUUCUUGAACGUCGCCCCUCCUUACUCCUAUGUUUGCGAUUAGGGCUUUAUCCCUCAGCAAUAGGGAUAACUGGAAAGGAAUAAAAACUAAACCUGU